CAAUCCCAGCUAGGAGGCUUGAGCCGGCUGACAGUUCAUGAACUCGCUCGUGCAUCAGAUCGACGCCAACUGUACAAAGGUAUAAAGGUAACUGAUUCACCCACAGUCUCACUCUCUUCGAUCACAACAUCUUUUCUCUUUUACCCACCCAUCUCGCGUUAAAAAUGGGCAAGCUCAUCGUGGUCUGCGGUGCAACCGGGCAAGUAGGAGGUUCGAUCGCGCGCCGCAUGCUCAAAGAAGGGUGGAAGGUGCGCGCCAUCACGCGGAACCAACAGGGCGCCGCGGCGAAAGCGCUUGCAGCCGAAGGGGCCGAGCUGGAGUCGGCGGACUUCGACGACGUUGCAUCUCUGACCAAGGCUUUCAAGGGUGCCAAUGCAGUCUUCGGCCUCACGCAGUUCUGGGAUUAUAUCCUACAGCUCGGUCAGAAGGGAGCUGGCGAAAAGGAGUACCAGCAAAUGCUCAAUAUUGCUACCGCUGCACAACAUACAGAAGGACUCGAACAUUUCAUCCUGCACAGCUUGCCCGCGGGCGAGAAAGUGACCGACGGCAAAGCCUUCUGCGCCCAUACAGAUUACAAGGACCAUGCGGUCGAUGAGAUGAAGAAAAGCAUGCCGGAGCUGAUGAAGAAGACAACGUUCCUGUGGAUGGGUUUCUUCAGCAGCAAUCUCUGGACGAUGCUUCGACCCGUGGAAAUUCCCCAUACCUACGGCGGCCACGUCUGGCUUCAAGCCUGCCCUGCCGACACCGUCAUGUGGGUCAGCGAUGUUGAGAAUAACGUCGGUCUAACUGUCAAAUACAUCCUGGAGAAGCCGCAGAUUUCGACGCCGGCGAAGGUGAUUUGUACGCCGGUCGAAAAGGUAACGAUGGCGGACGUGCUCAAGACUUGGACCGAGGUUUCUGGCAAGCGUGCGGAGUACAUCAGCAUCUCGGAAAAGAACGCUGCAGGUAUCUUCGGUAUCCACGGACAGGAGAUUGCGGAUCAAUUCAAGUGGAACUCGAUGGAGACAGAUUGGGCGAAAGGGUACCAUGCGGAUUUUGUACCCGUGGAGGAGCUGGGGAUCCCGAAGAAUGAAAUACUGAGUCUGAAGCAGUCUUUCGAGGCGAACAAGGAGAAGCUGUAAAGCAGAUAGGAAGAACGUUACCGUACUCCGCUACGACGUCAGUAUUCGUAGCACAUGUAUCUUGAGCGUGACAAGGUAGUCUCC